AUGAAUAUUCAGAAUAGUGAAAAUUUUGUUGACAAAGAUUUAGAAUUUGAUAGCGAACCUGAUAAUAAUGAUAACACUGAAGAAAUAGGAUCUUCCUCUAAAUCAUCAAAUAAUCAAAAAACUACGGGCUUGCCCAAAAAAAAGAAAAAACGUAAACUUAUAGCUAAAGCAUGGCAAUAUUUUAGCUUAGUAGGGUCUUCUGCAAUAUGUCAAGUUGAAAUAGUUGAAGAUAGAAAAACAAAAAAAUGUGGCCGCAUAUAUGAUCAUUCUAACUCAAAUUCAACAACAACAAUGAACUAUCAUAUAACACAAGAACAUGAUAUAGUUCUUCAAAAAGGAGAAGUUAAAAUUAUUCGAUUUAAUCAAAUAUUAGCUCUUGAGAUGGAUGAAGAAAUUGAUUCAAAAAAAGGUGAAGAUGAUGAAGAAAUUGAUGUAUCUACAAUAAAAAUAUUACGUAAUAUUUCCGAUAUUACUUCCGUAUUACUAUUAAAAAAAGGAAAGGAAAAUCAAAAAGAUGAUUCUGAAAAUGAAGAUGACAACACUCUAUAUGCACCACCACCACCACCUGAUCUCGAUCAAAUCGAAAAGAACUUUAAAAUUCCAGCCACACUUUUAGACCCUCAAACAAAAAAAAUUCCAGCAUUUACAAAUAGAGAACGAGAAAAGGCCAGAGAAAAAUUAAAGAAUGAAUUUGAGAAUUUACAACACCUUAACUUUACUGAUAAUUAUCAACCAGAACAACAAACAUCAACACCAAUAAGUACUGAAAUUAUGCAAAAUCCAUUUUUUGAAGGUAUUUUUGGAGCACAAAGCCAAGAUACGCCUCUAGAUGAA